UGUCGUUGUUGAAUUCACAAUCGAAAAAUAUCGAUGGGUGGUCAUAGAUGUGUAAUUUUUGAACUGACAGUCUGUCUCGAGAAUUAUUAUUGACAAUUCGAAAUAUAGCUAGAGUUUUUCGCUGAUUUUUCUUCUGAUUCGAACGAUAUUAUAUUUAGAGUCGUUUAAUUAUCCUAACACUAGUCUACUGCAGUUUUUUUGGAGAAAAUUUAAGAUCACAAGUUUGUGAAUUAGUUCUCGAAAAUCCAUCUAAUUUGCCAGUCAUUCCGAUCAGACGAGGGUAUCAAGUCCAUAUACGGUCCAACUCCAUCUUCAUCAGAGCUAAGUUGGAAUAUGCGGUGGAAGAUUCUGGUGCUGUGGUUAUUUGUCAACGGGAUAAACGAUCGUAGUGAGGGUGGUUCUGAGCACAGCAAUCCUUACUGGGAACAGGCUUUUUCGCAGCCAUAUUUCGACAAUACGACUCGCAGGGAGGUGACGACCACCGUUGGCCAGACUGCCCAUCUACACUGCAGGGUUGGCCAUCUCGGAGACAGAGCAGUAUCCUGGAUAAGAAAGAGAGAUCUGCACAUCUUGACCGUUGGCAUUCUGACAUACACAAACGAUCAGAGAUUCCAAUCUCUGCACACAGAUGGUUCGAAUGAAUGGACACUGAAAGUGACUUCUCCCCAAGUCAGAGAUUCCGGAAUUUACGAAUGCCAAGUCAGCACCGAACCCAAAAUAAGUCAAGCUUUCAAGCUCAACGUUGUGGUAUCAAAAGCCAAGAUAAUGGGCAACCCAGAGUUAUACAUCAAGAGCGGCAGUGACAUUAACUUAACUUGCAUAGUUCUCCAGACUCCGGACCCACCAAGUUUCAUUUACUGGUAUAGAGGGGGGAAUGUAAUCAACUAUUCUCAAAGAGGCGGCAUUAACGUUGUGACAGAAAAACAGACCCGGACUAGCCGCUUGCUAAUCUCCAAGGCACUUCCCCAAGACAGUGGCAAUUACACAUGUUCACCAUCGAGCAGCGACGCAGCCAGUGUUCUUGUACAUGUUCUACAUGGCGAACAACCUGCAGCGAUGCAACAUGGAAACAGCAGCAGCACUGCAACCUUCUGGACAUUUAAUUUCAUGCUCUUUGUGCUGCUCCAAAUCACCAUCCUUGAGAGGUGAAUGUACUCAGACUUCGUCAGACGUGAUUAACUUACUUUCAUUGUUUCAUUUGUAUAAAAAUCAAUGGGGGGAUGAUGUUGGUAGCUGACUUAGGUAAAAACUGUGAGGUGUUUCGAAAAUGAUGAUCUCAACAAAGCCAAUCGGUCAUUUUAGUUUCCAGAAUUUCAAAGAGAGAUCCUAGACGGCACAAAGAUUUAUUUCGAGGAAUAAAAUACCUUUGAUUUAUCGAUUUUCCAUUUCACAGGAAGUCCAUGCACAAUCUGAGCAUAUAGUGAUGACACGAUUAAUUCCUUCUCAUCCAAAUGUGGUGGCCUUUGAUAGAAACAUAUUGUAAACCACGAGAACAAUAUGAGUAUUUGAUUUCUGAUUUCUUCUGAAGUGGAAAUCAACUGAGGAUAGUAUAAUUUCACCACUAUAUGCUCCGAAAGAUCCCAGAAAAAUGAUGAUGACCUCGAUUGAAUAUGCAACAAGAGAAAUUGAUAUCUUCCCUCACAAAUUCAAUAUUUCCAAUUUCUGAAUCAAUAUAUAUUCUUCUAAACCAAAAGCCCAGAAAUUUUCAGGUCCAUCUAGUGCAAAAAAACUGAGAUGUAGCCUCAGGGAAAAACUCUUGUUUUAUUUUUGCUCGAGAGUGAAU